CUCAUUGCAGUGUGCUACUCUAUCCACUACUAAAGCAUAAUUAAAAAAAAAAAUUUAGUGAAUCAUUAAAUUUAUAGAAACAUAAGCAAAACUGAAAACAAUUUGCGAAAAUAUAAUGGCAGAUUGGGCAAAAAAAGCCGAAGAUCAGGAAAUAUCUAAGUUAGUUGAUAAACUAGAUUUGGAAGGAGCAAAGACUGGAACAAGCGAUGAAGCGAACAAAGACGUAUUGACACCACCUGCUUCUGAUGAAUCUAAGAAGAAAGGAGAAAAAACUGAUAAUAAUGACUUAAAUUCAAGUGAAACUGCUACAACAUCUGAAGAAACAGCAUCAAACGAGGAGGCACAAGAUAUUGCUACUCCAGCCGAAACAAGUCUUUUGAUGAAAAUUAUUCGUAAGGGUUUAGUUGAGACCAAACUAGAUUUAGAAAUUCAACGUAAAGAUCCUACUUCACCUUUAUAUUCGGUGAAAAGUUUUGAAGCAUUACAUUUAAAACCUGAACUAUUAAAAGGUGUUUAUGCUAUGGGCUUUAAUGCACCUUCGAAAAUCCAAGAAACAGCGUUGCCAACUUUGUUAGCUGACCCUCCACAAAAUAUGAUCGCACAAAGUCAAUCUGGUACUGGUAAAACAGCUGCCUUUGUUCUAGCUAUGUUAAGCAGAGUUGACACAUCUCUUAAUUAUCCACAAGUAAUUUGUCUUUCACCGACAUAUGAAUUAGCAAUUCAAACAGGUGAAGUAGCAGCAAAGAUGGCUAAAUUUUGUCCUGAAAUCAAACUUAAAUAUGCAGUCCGAGGUGAAGAUCUGAACCAAGGUAAGAUAAACGAGCACAUAUUAAUUGGAACUCCAGGAAAAAUAAUGGAUUGGGGCCUUAAAUUCCGCGCAUUUGAUUUGAAAAAAAUUCGUGUUUUUGUCUUAGAUGAAGCGGAUGUUAUGAUUGCAACUCAAGGUCAUCAUGAUCAAUGUAUAAGAAUUCACAAACAGCUGUCGAAGCAGUCUUGUCAAAUGAUGUUUUUCUCAGCUACCUACGAAAAAGAUGUUAUGGAAUUUGCACAGUAUAUUGUUCCAAAUCCAAUUAUUAUUCGACUGAAACGAGAACAAGAGUCGUUAGAUAACAUAAAACAAUAUUACGUUAAGUGUAAGAAUCAAGAGGAAAAAUAUCAGGCGAUUCAGAAUAUAUAUGGCGGUAUAACAAUUGGUCAAGCUAUAAUAUUUUGUCAUACAAGAAAAACAGCUGGCUGGUUGGCCGGUAAAAUGUCUUCAGAUGGUCAUUCCGUUGCGAUUUUGUCAGGAGAUUUAACAGUUGAACAACGUUUAGCAGUUUUAGAUCGUUUCAGAGCAGGCUUGGAAAAAGUGUUAGUGACAACUAAUGUCUUGUCAAGGGGUAUCGAUGUUGAGCAAGUCACCAUUGUGGUAAACUUUGAUUUACCAAUGGAUGCUAGAGGUAAAGCAGAUUGUGAAACUUAUUUGCAUCGAAUCGGGCGUACUGGACGUUUUGGAAAAAGUGGUAUAGCUAUAAAUUUGGUAGAUUCUGAAAAAUCGAUGAAAAUAUGUCAAGCUAUUGAAAAUCAUUUUAAGAAGAAAAUUGCCUUAUUAGACGCAGAUAAUACUGAUGAAAUCGAAAAAAUUGGAUCGUAAAAUUUUUAAAUUUUCAGUGUUAAGUUUCCUUUAGCAUAUAUAUUUUAAUUUUAAGAAGUUAUUAGAUCUCAUGAAAAUUUUUAUCAUAAAUUUUAAUAAAUUAAGUGAAAAUUAAUUUCCAUGAUAUUAUUUUAUAUUAUCCGUUCGAUUAUUUGAAACUUUUUUAGAUUUUUUUCAAAGGAGUAGCAAUAAUUUUUACUGUACAAUAGAAAUAAAUUGAUAAUUAACUUUAAAUAUCAUGAGAUUUAAAGCUUCGUUAUACAAACGCAUACAUUUCUUUAAAUUAGUUUUCAUACUCUAUAUUAAAUCUUUAUUAAUUUUCCAUUUUUUUUAUUGUAAAAAGUAAAUAAUUUGACAAUUAAUACUUAGUUGUUAUAGAGAAAAAAUAAAUGUUAAGAUUCUGUUGUAAAUCCAUUAAAUCAAAACUAUAUUUUUGGUACUUAUAAUUCGAUAAGCUUAAAUUCAUAUACUUUACCGAAUAAUAUAAUAAGAAUCAAAUAAAGAAGAUAAAUAGUCUUGCUAUGGAAACAUUAUCAUUUAUAAAAUAUACAUAAGUAUCUACACUAGCUAAGUUAAAUGUCCAAACUGUAAGUUCGUUGUUAAUAUUUUAAUUUCGUUUUCAUGAUAUCAAUAAUGACAAC